GGGGGGGGGGGGGAAGUGAAAGAGGAACCAUGGUGGGCCCUGGCGUGGUGGGGGGCUCCAGGGGGCUGCUCUCGGCCCGCCUGGGCUGCCGUGUGCAGGAGGAGGACGUGGGCAGGAGAGAAACCUUCAGCGCCGAGUGGCUGGACCUGGAGCUCAGCUCCCGGCCCGAGGACGGGUGGUGCCGGCGGGAGGUGGACGCGCAGCGCCGGGAGUCGCUGGAGCAGCGCGGGGCCGUGCGGGUGCUGGAGCAGCGCUCGCCCUGGGGGCUGCUGCGGGUGGGGGUCCUGGGCCAGCCCCUGACCCAGCACCUCCUGCCCUACGCCCGCAGCCUCCCCGUGCCCCUGUUCGCCCCCUCAGACCUCCGCGGUGCCAAGGGGGGCGUUCCCCGCACCCUCUCCCGCUCCCUCUCCCACGAAGCCCAGCGGGGCUGAGCGUGGCAGAGGGGCCGGGGGAGGUCGGGGUGGCAGGGCCUGGGUCCGCUCAGCCGCCCCGAAGAGGCAGCGCAGGAAGGCGGGGGCAGGUGGGGGUGGGCUCCCAUCCACUUGGGACCCCACCCCGCUGCGGGCGUCGUGGAGGCCGGUGGGGAUGAGGACCCCGCGGGUCGGGGGGCUCCCGCCCUUCGGGGGGCUCCCGGCAGCCCCGGCGUGACUCAGUUUCCCUGGCGAAAAGAAGGGAAGGAGAGGAUGAGGAACGCUGAAACCCUGAGGGGGGCCGGAGGGGGGUGGGGGGCUGCGGUGGGGUUGUACAAACCAGGGUGGUCUUUGUACGGCAAUAAAACGCCUACCUUGGCA